ACAACAGCUCACAAUACAUUCCCGUCAGAUAUAGAAUAUUGUAAAAAUUUUUAAUAAUAAACGAAAAUUCGUGCCAACAUUUAUUUGAUAAACAUCUAAACAAAUUACUUAGACUAAUAUGGAACCACUACGCUCCCGUAAUACCACCAAGCUAAAGGUCAAUGUGCCGCAGCAGAUCGUUAAAACUGAAAAGAAUGAAUUUACAGAGGAUGAAAAGAAAAUUAUUGGUGAACUAAAGCAGCUAUAUCUGGAUACCAUCAAUCUGGAUGUCAAGAUGCAGCGUGAAAUUUACAAUAUGGAAAAAAUUUACGAGCAAAAACAUAACGAGAUAUUUGACAAGCGCAAAAAGAUACUCGAUGAGUUCAAGAAACAAAAUCAUGGCGAUGCCACUUCCAGUGAGAAUGUGGCCAACUUUUGGCUAAAGGUGCUUAAAGCCUCCUACACCGAAUUCAUUGGCAAGGAGGAUGAGAAAAUAUUAUCGCACCUGUGCGAUAUACGAACCAAGCAUUAUAACGAUGACACCGUCAAGUUUGUAAUUGAAUUUACUUUUGAGAAAAACGAUUACUUCAAGAAUCGUGUACUCACGAAGACCUAUAUAUUAAACUGUGUGCCCGAUACGGAGGAUCCUUUGUCCUAUGACGGCGCCGAGAUUGUGAAAUGCGAGGGUUGUCACAUCGAUUGGAAACAGUCCUUGGAGCGUGAGAAAAAUGAUCAACCGUCAUUCUUUGACUUCUUUACGCCACCCACUCUGCCGGAUGAUCCCGAAGAUCCCAACUUUUGUGACAUAAACGCUAUACUUCAGAACGACUUUGAGCUGGGCUUCUAUUUAAAGGAGCGCGUUAUACCCAAAGCCGUGAUAUUCUUUACUGGUGAAAUAGCCGAUUGCCAGAGCACAGAUGCUUCGGACACCGAGACUGAGGAUAGCGAGGACGACUCGGAUGUUGAGGAGGAGGAGGAGUCUUCCAACAAUGAAAACGACAAGUAAACCAACGCCCCCACCCACCAAAAAAAAAAGAGAAAUUUUUAAACACUAGUUAACUGAGAAUUGAGUUUCCACAAAUUUUCCACCGACGUUUUCAAACAAGUUUCCUAAUUGCGUUUCAGAAAGCGAAACUGAACAAUUGUUUUUUCCACUUUCACGGCUACCAAAU